GGAUGCAGGCGUGCCGAGCCCCAACCCCUGCAACCCGUGGGUGUAUAUAUACCCCAAUACGCCCUGCUGCUGCAGACUGGAACCCUGCACCACACAGCUCAUCAGUUUGGGUACAGCUGAAGAAAAGGACACAAUGGCUCUGACAAACCCUAUGCCCAUGGGCCCUUGGAAGAUCACCGUCUACGAUCAGGAGUACUUCCAAGGCAGGCGCAUGGAGUUCACCGCCUGCUGCCAGAACAUCAUGGAGUGUGGGAUGGAGAACAUCCGCUCCCUGAAGGUGGAGUGUGGCGCCUGGGUCGGCUAUGAGCACUCCAGCUUCUGUGGCCAGCAGUUUGUGCUGGAGAAGGGCGAUUAUCCUCGCUUCGAGGCCUACAGCGGCAGCAACUCCUAUCGCAUCGAGAGGAUGAUUUCCUUCAGGCCCAUCUGCUGUGCUAACCACAAGGAGUCCCGCAUGACCAUCUUUGAGAUGGAGAACAUGAUGGGGCGUCAGUUUGAGCUGUGUGACGACUACCCGUCCCUGCAGGCCAUGGGCUGGAUGAACAACGAGGUCGGAUCCAUGCAGAUCCACUGCGGCGCCUUUGUGUGCUAUCAGUACCCUGGAUAUCGCGGCCACCAGUACAUCAUGGAGUGUGACUGCCGCGGAGGAGAGUACAAAUGUUACCGUGAGUUUGGCUCCCACUCCCAGACUCCCCAGAUCCAGUCCAUCAGGAGGAUCCAGCACUGAGAAAGGAGAGGAUUUCCCUCACUCCACCUUUUUUCCUUCCCUUUUCCUCUCUUCCUGAUACAUUUCCAUCCCUUCUUUUCUUCUUCCUGUCCCACAACCUCCAACUCCCCCAGCUCUGCUGAUCCGGACGGUCAAAGCAGGACCAAAGGACUGAACUUCAGGUGCUUACUGACGUCAGUGGUUCCCUGCACAUUUGCUUUUAUUUUUGUUUUAAAGGAGACAACAUAAAUAAAGGAAGGCUAUAAGAAAGACAGGCAUUAUGAAUGACAGAUUUGAAAACAAAUCAAUCAAAAAGAACGGAUGCUCCACCUCGGUGAUGAAAACAUUUCAAAGUUAGUUGCUCUUUUCCUUCUUCUCCACGGAUGAACAACCAGUCUGGGUGUCGAUGUGAUAUCAAUGACUGCCUGUGUUUAAGAUAAUAAAUAAAGAAAAUGAGCAAAGAAACAGACAGAUUCAUGACAA